GGAGCAAGCACGUGACCCUUGCGUACUACUACUUUCCUUAGUUCAACAAAACACUUCUGUGUAGUUUUCCAAAGUCAACUUUUGAAAAGGUUUGCCUCUCGGAACCAUUAAACGUGUUCGUGUUCCCAGCCGGACCGUUAGCGGCUCGUGCAGCGCGUGUAGUAACUGCUGCAGCGUGUCUUCGUACCGUCAUGCAGUGCGACUGGUCUCACCUAGGUCCGCUGCGGUGGACGCGUUACGUCAACAAAGAAGUGAAGGUGACGGCGGGAAAAGACGAGGUGUUUGGCGGCUGGCUGCUGACUGUAGACCCCGUGACUGCCAGCUUGGUCCUGGUGCAGCUGCGCUCGGUGGGCGGGGCCAGCGUGCAGGUGGUGAUGGGCCAGGCGGUGCAGCAGGUGGAGGUCCUCCAGGAAGCAGACCCAGGCACCACCCAGCGGCUGCACUCGCUCUUCCCGCCUCCCGGGCCGGGCGCCAUGGAGCCCCAGGAGCGUGUGCGGCGGCGCUGCAGGGUGCGGCGCUGGUUGGAGAAGAACCGCAUCCCUGUGGAGGAGGAGGGGGAGGAGCUUAAGGUUGCGGGGGCGCUGACCAUCGCCGCUCCGUACGGACACGACGACUGCAGCGGCGCCAACGAGAUCAUCCUGGACCGCAUCCAAAAACUGCUGCAGCAGCUGGACACUUCCUGUUCUUGACAAAAUAAAAGUACUC